CGUGACGUCUCUCACUGAGCACCUGCGUUAUCCACCAUCAUGGCGUCUCUUCGCCGGCCGUCCCAGUUCUUCGGCUCGAAGUCCGACUUCAGCGUGCCGCGGCCCCGCGCGCCGCGCGUAGGCGACCCAGGGCGCAAGAGAGAUGCGCGUCAGAGCAAGGUCGAGGAGAAGAUGAAGACGCGGCGCAUGAGUCGUUACGCCGGGCCAGACUUUGGCGUUGGAGCAAGCGGCGAUGACUUCCUGUCAUCAGACCCGUACCAGUUCACGCUUGAUGUCGCGCCGCCGAUCAUGGAGGCCGAUGAGUAUGCCGAGGAGCCAGAAAGCCUUCAACCAGUACGCUCCGCGCGCCCGACCACAACGUACCAGCGCCCAUCUCCGGCGGCUGUCAACUUGCAACUCGAUGAUGACGACGAUGAUGAGAUCCAAGAGCGCAAUGAGCUGCAAGAUGAGCAGAUCCGGCCGCGAGCCCAGGAGGAAUGGGAUUUCAGCGAGCUUGGCAAGGAUGAUUUCGAUCUCCAGGCUUACCUUCGCAGAACUCUGGCUGGGGCGGACGAGCAGGAGAAGAGGCGAUUGGUGGCUGCACUGCAGCGUAAGAAGGAGGAGACGACCAGGGACCUCCGCCAAACGGUCAUUAAGAAUUACGCCGAGUUUGUCAACGUUUCCAAAGAGAUGAUGACGCUUGAGAACGACAUGAUUGAGCUAAAGGAGUUGCUCACGGAGUGGAAAACGGUCCCCCAACUCAUGGGCAUGGACGAUUCCCUCGCACCGACACUGAACAUGGACGGCACUGUGGAGCGUCACAGGUCUAGAAGGAACUCGCCUCGCGACCUGCACCAGAUGUUCCGCGCACAGCUGAGUAACCUAUGGUCUACAGUCGAGGGAUCCCAGAAGUUCAUUCCGCAGACACCAGGCCGCCGUUUGGUGUUUGAGACGCACGGCUUCAUCGAACUCAAUCCUGCGACCUAUAAGGCAAAGCAGAACGUAAGCCUGUUCCUGCUGAACGACAUGCUCUUAGUGGCUGGGCGCAGACGCGUCAAGGCCAGCGGCGUGGCGAAUGGCAGUAGCGAGCCAGACCAAGGACGCAUGGUGGCAGACAGGUGCUGGGUGCUCGCGGACUUGCAGAUCACGGACGUAAAGGACACAGGGGAUCUCACAAACGCUCUCAAAGUUAAGCGAGGGAAGGACAUCUUCGUUUUCCGCUGCGCAAAAGCGGAGGACAAGAAGGGCCUGCUGGCGGCGCUGCGACAAGUCUCGCAGGACCUGCUCGAGAAGAGACGCAAGGAUAGCGAAGCUGAGCAGGAGCGGCGGCGAUCGAUGUGGCAAGGCGACGCGGCUAACGCCCGCAUGACGCGCAUGUCCUUGUUCGUGAGCGGAGAGCAGUUGGGAGGGCGCCCGUUGUCAACGAUCGGCACGUCGCUGGCCGACUCGAAAGAUCUGUUGUGGAUCGACGAGUUCGCCGACGACUUGACAAUGGCGAUUGCGACUCAGGACUGGAACGAGAGCGUCAAGCUUGUCGAGCGCGGGCAGGAUCUUAUGCGCACCGUUUCCAACAAUGCCGAAGCAUCGGAAAUGUUACAAUAUCGCCUUGACACCUUACGGCCCACGGUCAUCCAGAAGAUUGCGCUGGACCUCAGCUCGCCGGAUAUCCGCAAGACGAGUGCCGCCCGUCUCAUCGCCUUUCUAACGCGGCUGGACCGCGCUGAGUUAGCCCGCGAUACUUUCCUGAAAGCCCGACACGACCUGGUGGUGCGCCUGGUGCGCUCGAUCAAGCACGAAGGCGACAUUAGCCUGUACAUCAACGAGCUGGCAGUGGUAUGCUUCACUGUCCUGCGCCACACAAGCGAUUGGUACAUUAAUGCGUUUCAGGAUAAUCGCAUGGCCUCGGGCUUCGUGAGCUGGGCCAAAGAGCAGAUCGAGUACUUUGGCGACAUCUUUCGUCGACAGGUCUAUGCGCCGGCGAUCGACAAACAAACUGUUGAGGAAUGCGUCCGCGUGACAUCGAGUGCCAACCGCAAGCUUCUGCGCGAUGUCGGGCUCGAUUUCACCUUCCUGAUCGAAGCACUGACUGCGCCGCCCGAUGCUCCUGCCUCGAAUCGCCAGACGGCUCACGGUUUCCGCCCGGAGAUGGCCAACUUUGUCCCCUCCAUCCCAACCGUUCCGAGCCCCGCUUGGUCGGGUGCUUCCCUGCCUACGCCGAGCCCCGAACCGGAGCUGCGCGGUACCACCGCCCCGCUUGCGAUUCCCCGCCGUCCCAGCCGCGAUGCUACCCUCGCUCCCGCCCCGCCCAGCGCUAUGCGGUCAGGAAGCAGUACGAGCGUCAAUUCGGUCAGCUCCGGGAGCCGCAGCCCUGGGAAUGUGCCCCGCCCUCCGCCGCGUAGUGAGCGGCGCUCACGCCCUCCUCCUCCUCGCCCAGAGUAGAGUGAUGGCUGUAUAGAUGCAUCGUAGUCGCUUAUGAAGUCACACGCAUCCACCUU